AUGGCUUCGGAAUAUACGUACGAUGACGAGGGUGAAACUUGGCCCUUUUUCGUGUUGGCUGUGCUCAGUUUUAUCCUCAUCCCGCUCACCAUUAGCUGGGGCUUGAGGAUAUACCGCCAAGACAACCCGUUGUCAAUAAAUAAGGACAUCAAAGGUGCUAUACUUGAAAAUGAAACCACCUUGGAGUUGGAAAACACCAUAGAAAUUAACAAAUUCCAAAAGAAACAAAAAUCGAGUGCAAAAUACUUCAACAAGACGUUUUUUGCCAUCGUCAUUGGCUGGGCUCUCUGCUUGUACAUUGCCAAGUAUCAAACUGUAGAAACGCAAUUGAUUGGAGCCUUCGAUCCUUACACCAUUUUGGAUAUCUCGGCCUUUUCCUCUGAAAAGGAAGUCAAGAGCAGAUACAGAAAGUUGUCCUUGAAGUUCCAUCCGGAUAAGCUCCCCAAGGACUUGACGGAUGCUGCCAAGGAAGAGAUGGAAGCCAACUUCAUUCAGAUUAACUUGGCCUACAAGGCUCUCACUGACGAGGUUACCAGAAACAACUUCUUGAGAUAUGGUCAUCCUGACGGUCCUCAAGAGAUCAAGCACGGUAUUGCUAUACCUAAGAUCUUUGUUGAGGGUAAGUACAGUCUGUUGAUGAUUGUUGUUUACUUCUUGUUAAUUGGUGGAGUGUUGCCCUUUAUUGUCGGUUCGUGGUGGAACAAUGUCAAGACUCACACCAAAAGAGGUCUUCACAUCGAUACUGCUGCUCUUUUCGCAAGAAAAUUGGCUGAUAAGCUGCCUACUAAAGUUAUUACACCUUACGAAUUACUCGACUGGGUCUGCCAAUCGCAAGAGAUCGUUUCUAUGACUUCCCACUUACCACUCAAUCCCCAAAUUGUGGUUAAACAUCUUAUUUCGAGACAUUUAUUUAGAGACUUUGAGCUCACUCAAGAUGAAACAAAGUAUGAACGGGAAAAGUUGGCAAUUGUUGCCCAAUUACCUAAGUUGAUUGAUGGUUUGAUUGAAAUUGCUUCCAUCUUCAGAUUCACUGACGUUGUCCUUGCUGCAUCCGACUUGAGGAAGUGCGUAGUUCAAGGUGUCCCACCAAUUGGUAAGUACCAAGAAAUUUUACAAUUGCCAUAUGUUGACCCCAAGGUUGUUCUGCAACAGGAAGUCAAGAAGUUGGGUAAACUUUUCACACUCAACAAAGAAGAGCAAAAGAAGGCUUUGGGAAUCUCUGACGAUGCCAAGCUUGAAACUGCCCUCAGCAUUGCUAAAUCAAUUCCUAUGAUUCGUGUCCUUGAUGCUGCAUUCGUAGUCCCAGGUGAAAACAACGAAGCAGAGGGUGGCUUACCAUCGGGAUCGGUUCCACCAAGUGCACAGGCUCAUAUCUCAAUCAAAUUUCUUAUCAAAUCUCCGUAUCAUAAGUCUUGUCCUGAGAUUGACGAUGAAGACUUGAAGGAUGAAGAAACCAUUGAGUACAUGAGAGAUCCAGUCACCACUACGAACGAAUCUCAGCCACUUUUACCAUACACCUACGCCCCAUACUUCCCUUCUAAUUUCCGUAAUAAUUGGUUCGGAUACCUCAUAAGUCAAAGAGAUAAUAAGCUUGUUGAGGGAUCUUCUGUAGCUACUUUGGAAAACGUCUCACUUGCCAACUUGGCCUUAACCAAGGAGCAAUUCAUUAAGGGCGAAGGUCUUACUAUUUCAACGUUUAAAAUAGCACUCACCACACCUACUCCUGGUGCAGAGGGGAACUACACAUUCAGAUUGGUGUUGAAGAACAACGGGUAUUUUGGAUGUGACGUUGACAUCCCUAUUACCAUGACUGUAGAACAACCUAAGGUACCGGCCGGUAAGAUUCUUACCAAGAAGGUUAGGAAGAUCAUGGAGAUUCAAGGUGAUGCUGAUGAAGAAGAUGAUGAUACUGACUACUCUGGGUCCGAUAUUUCAGAUCCUGAAGAAGAUUCGCUUGCAGGAGCAUUAGCUGCCUUGAGAGGGGGCAGUGUGAAAAGUUCAGCUAAGGGAGAAGAGGAAGAGGAGGAGGAUGAUGAGGGCGACAACGAGAGCAUUUUCACAGAUAUUAACACAGAUACAGAAGAUGAAAGUUAG